AGCAAAGGUUGCUGAGUUAGCAGAAUUAACCACGUGGGUGGGCUCCAAUUGGAAAUCUCGUCAACUGUGCACGCGAGACUGGAGAGCGAUGGAUGAGGCAACGUGCAGAAGUGCCACAACUCUUCUAAACUACAACAAGAGACAGCUCCAGGACGUUUCCUGCCUCGAGAGCUCCGACGAAAACAGCUGCGGGUGCAUUCUGGAGCUCCACCUCUGUUUCAACUACAUCUCUGACGUCCCCGAGGCCACUCUGGCUCUCUACUCUCGCCUCACCUACCUCUCCCUUGCCUGUAACAACCUCACAUCCAUCCCUCCAUCUCUCUCCAUCUCCUGUCCUCAACUGAAGACCCUGCGUGCGCCCAACAAUCGGAUCUCGUCCCUACAGAAUCUGGAGGGACUCGAAAGUCUAGAGUACCUUGACCUCCGCUACAACCGAAUUUCCUGUCUCGAUAACCUUCUCUCACUCACCAGGCUAAAGGAGCUGUCUGUGUCGGACAAUAUGAUCCAGAGUGUGUGCUGGCCCCAAGUCCCCUGCCUCCCAACCCUCACCUUCUUGGGAAUAUAUGGCAACCAGCUGACGGAUUUUGAAAACACCGUUCACCAUCUGCGUCAAAAAGCCGGAAACUUGAAACGUCUAAACAUAGGCUGCAACCGGUUUUGUGCUGACAGGCAACUGUCCCUCCAGAGUGCUCUGCUCGCAAUGAAACACCUGUCAUCGGUCCAAACUGGCAAACUUUUUCUGAGACUCGGUCAACUGUUUUCGUCUCCGCUAGAGAAAAGUCGUGAUAGUGGGGAAAUUUUGGAAGGCGAAUUAGACAUCAUCUGCGGGGAUUUUGCACGGGGGCAGGACGACUGGAGACUAAGAACAGUGGCUAAAAUGCUGCUGAAGCUGAAACUGUAUUUUCCACUUCUUGAAAGUGUAGACGAGAAUGCGCUUCCUCGCAGCUAA